AUGAGCGCAGAACCGGAGAACGCCCCAAACAGUGGCGAGGAGGCCCGCGAUCCAAGUGGCUUCUUGUCGGAAAUCAUCGGCGCUCCUGUGACCGUUAAGCUAAACUCAGGCGUGGUCUACAAAGUAGGCGAGCUGCAAUCAGUCGAUGGAUACAUGAACAUCGCGUUAGAGGACACGAAGGAGAUGGUGGAUGGCAAGCAAAGACGGAAUUACGGCGAUGCAUUCGUGAGAGGCAACAACGGUAGGUGCAAAUUCUUGUGCUGUUGCGAUUCGUGGUCACUGAGAGUGCAGUGCUGA